AUGUGCUACCCAACCAUCAUGCAGAGCCCCUCGACUGAACUGCUCAUCCUGCACUUUGUCAUACACGACGUGUAUGAUGGGAAGGAAAAAGAAAUCUCCAUGCAUGAAAAACCGUACAUCAAAUUCUACUGGAAAAAUAUCAAGUACAAAAAUUAUUUAAAAUUCUUUUCAGAUGAAAUAAACUGGUUUUGCGAGUUUUUCCUUCCAUACCGAACUGGAGAUUAUAUAGAAAAUUUGAUAAUGCAAAUAUGGGCAAGUAGCUAUUUGAGCAGAAAAAAAAAGUUGGCAUAUAAUUAUAUCAAUAUAAAUGAUGUAGAGAGAAAUGGGAAAAUAAAUGGAAAGGCAGAACUGAUUGGGAAAAGAAAAGGAUUGAAAGUUAUUUACAGCCUCCAAAUUAUUUCCUACGCCUUGUACAAAUUCAUGAAAAACACACAGACUUUCAUUCUCAGUAAAAUAUCAAUUUAUAAAAUGAUGCAGAUACAUAGGGAGAAUCAGAGGAAUCCUUGUGGAGAACAGAAAAACUUGUUUGACAAAUAUAUUUUGUCCCUAUUUCAAAAGGAAAAUUACCAAAGGAAAAACACUGCUUUACGGUUGAAGACGAUUCGACGGGGACAUAAGAACCCUAGGAAUGUUAUGAACAUCAACCAUGUGCACACACCGAUCAGGUUGAAAAUGAAGAAGAAACAUGGGCAGACUGCUCCAAACGACACGCCCGUGUCAACUCUAGCGCAGAAGGGCCUUUACGCGAAAGGGCAAAAUAUUCAGGCGAAAUGUGGGAACGUGCGAGAACUGAAAAAGGCGAAGAAGUCUGAUCCGGGGGAUGAAGUCAGGCAGAUCAGGCAAAAGGCUAAGGGAGACGUGCACCGAAAGGAGAAAUUGGAUCUACCAGCAAAGGAGACAGACACAUCCCAAUCACAACAAGAGAUUGCUCAUCUGCGCUCAAAGACCAUGAAGGCUUUACGCGAAAAGGCGAUGGACGAACUGUACCUACGGGUGAAGGAAAAGUUACGCCAAAAAAACACUGACGGGGUACGCCCACCAGAAAUAAAAGAGACGACGACAGACACAACGGAAGAGGAAGAUUUACUGAAGAUGCAUGAUGACGCACGGGUCACAUCCGAAAUAAAAAAGAAACUCGCUCCCUUGUGUGGCAACCCAAGUUGUAUGAGCAAAAAUUCCUUUUUCGACGUCGGUUACAAAAUACAUAAGUCCACAACGAAAAAAAUUGUCAAGUUCUGCAGCCUUAAAUUCGCCAAGCUGUACGAUGGAGAUGAGGAGGAGGAGGUUGGAAAGCUCGGCAUUCUGGAUGACGUGAUAUAG